AUGUCUCCAUGCGGCACGCAAGUGGGACUUAACCAGUACCCACAAAACACUGCCUUGCCUAAAUCCGGCACGCAAGUGGGACUUAAUCAGUACCCACUAAACACUACCUUGCCUAAAUCCGGCACGCAAGUGGGGCUUAACCAGUACCCACUAAACACUGCCUUGCCUAAAUCCAGCACGCAAUUGGGACUUAACCAGUACCCACUAAACACUGCCUUGCCUAAAUCCGGCACGCAAGUGGGGCUUAACCAGUAUCCACAAAACACUGCUAUGCCUAAAUCCGGCACGCAAUACCAAGUGGGACUUAACCAGUACCCACAAAACACUGCCUUGCCUAAAUCCGGCACGCAAGUGGGACUUAAUCAGUACCCACUAAACACUACCUUGCCUAAAUCCGGCACGCAAGUGGGGCUUAACCAGUACCCACUAAACACUGCCUUGCCUAAAUCCAGCACGCAAUUGGGACUUAACCAGUACCCACUAAACACUGCCUUGCCUAAAUCCGGCACGCAAGUGGGGCUUAACCAGUAUCCACAAAACACUGCUAUGCCUAAAUCCGGCACGCAAUACCAAGUGGGACUUAACCAGUACCGACUAAACAAUGCCAUGCCUACAUCCGGCACGCAAGUAGGACUUAACCAGUACCCACUAAACAUUGCCUUGCCUAAAUCCUGCACGCAAGUGGGACUUAAUCAGUACCCACUAAACACUACCUUGCCUAAAUCCGGCACGCAAGUGGGGCUUAACCAGUACCCACUAAACACUGCCUUGCCUAAAUCCAGCACGCAAUUGGGACUUAACCAGUACCCACUAAACACUGCCUUGCCUAAAUCCGGCACGCAAGUGGGGCUUAACCAGUAUCCACAAAACACUGCUAUGCCUAAAUCCGGCACGCAACUGGAGCUAACGACCAAACUUCAGCAGAGCAGGCCGCUGGAUACCGAUGAGGAGGUGACCGGUUCCUCUGGUAAG